AUGUCUGACUGGGGACCGGUGUUUAUUGCGGUGGUGCUGUUCGUGCUGUUGUCGCCGGGUCUGCUGUUCCAGGUUCCUGGGCGGCAUGGAUGCGUGGAGUUUGGGAGCUUUCACACGAGCGGCGCGGCCAUAAUGGUUCACUCCCUCCUUUACUUUGCUCUCAUUUGCGUCUUCGUGCUGGCCAUCAAGGUCCACUUUUACCUUGGUUAAGUACUAGCUAGCCAGUUACUUAACCAAACAAUUCAAGAUGGGAGAACAAAAUGUAGUAGUCUUA